AUGGGAGAUAGCAAACCAUUUACCAGUACCAACACGAUGGGAGACAGCAAACCAUUUAACAAAACCAACACAACGGGAGGUAGCAAAUCAUCCAUGACUACCAACACAAUGGGAGAUGGCAAAUCAUUUACCAAUACCAAUGCAAUGGGAGAUAGCAAACCAUUUACCAAUACCAACACAAUGGGAGAUAGCAAACCAUUUACGAAUACCAACACAAUGGGAGAUAGCAAACCAUUUACCAAAACCAGCACAAAGGGAGAUAGCAAACCAUUAAGCAAUGCAAACACAAUGGGAAACAGCAAACCAUUUACCAAUACCAACACAAUGGGAAACAGCAAACCAUUUACCAAUACCAGCACAGUGGGAGACAGGAAACUAUUUACCAAUACCAGCACAAAGAGAGAUAGAAAACCAUUUACCAAUACCAACACAAUGGGAGACAGCAAACCAUUUACCAAAACCAACACAAUGGGAGAUAGGAAACUAUUUACCAAUACCAGCACAGUGGGAGAUAGCAAACCAUUUACCAAUACCAAAACAAUGGGAGAUUGGAAACCAUUUACCAAUACAAACACAACGGGAGAUAGCAAACCAUUUACCUAUACCAACACAAUGGGAGACAGCAAACCAUUCACCAAUACCAACACAAUGAGAGAUAGCAAAGCAUUUACCAAUACCAACUCAAUGGGAGACAGGAAACCAUUUACCAAUACCAGCACUGUGGGAGAUAGCAAACCAUUUACAAAUACCAACACAAUGGGAUACAGCAAACCAUUAACCAAUACCAACACAAUGGGAAAUAGGAAACCAUUUGCCAAUACCAGCACAAAGGGAGAUAGCAAACCAUUCUCCAAUACCAACACAAUGGGAGACAGCAAACCAUUUACCAAAACCAACACAAUAGGUGAUAGGAAACCCUUUACCAAUACCAGCACAGUGGGAGAUAGUAAACCUUUUACCAAUACCAACACAACUGGAGAUAGCAAACCAUUAACCAAUACCAACACAACUGCAGAUAGCAAAUCCUCCAUAACUACCAACAUAAUGGGAGAUAGCAAACCAGUUACCAAUACAAACACAAUGGGAGAUAGCAAACCAUUUACCAAUACCAACACAAUGGGAGAUAGCAAACCAUUUACCAAUACCAGCACAAUGGAAGAAAACAAACCAUUUACCAAUAGCAACACAAUGGUAGAUAGGAAACAAUUUACCAGUGCCAACACAAUGCGAGACAGCAAGCCAUUUAACAAAACCAACACAACAGGAGAUAUGAAAUCAUCCAUAACUACCAACACAAUGGGAGAUAGCAAAUCAUUUACCAAUACCGAUGCAAUGGGGGAUAGCAAACCAUUUACCAAUACCAACACAAUGGGAGAUAGGAAACCAUUUACCAAUACCAGCACAAAGAGACAUAGAAAACCAUUUACCAAUACCAACACAAUGGGAGACAGCAAACCAUUUACCAAUACCAACACAAUGGGAGAUGAGAAACCAUUUACCAAUACCAGCACAAAGGGAGAUAGCAAACCAUUUACCAAUACCAACACAAUGAGAGACAGAAAACCUUUUACCAAAACCAACACAAUGGGAGAUAGAAAACCCUUUACCAAUACCAACACAACUGGAGAGAGCAAAUCAUCCAUAACUACCAACACAAUGGGAGAUAGCAAACCAUUUACCAAUACCAACACAAUGGGAGAUAUGAAACCAAUUACCAAUACCAAAACAAUGGAAGAUAACAAACCAUUUACCAAUACCAACACAAUGGGAGAUAGCAAACCAUUUACCAGUACCAACACAAUGGGAGACAGCAAACCAUUUAACAAAACCAACACAAUGGAUGAUAGCAAAUCAUUCAUGACUACCAACACAAUGGGAGAUAGCAAAUCAUUUACCAAGACCAAUGUGAUGGGAGAUAGCAAACCAUUUACCAAUGCCAACACAAUGGGAGAUAGGAAACCAUUUACCAAUAACAACACAAUGGGAGAUCAGAAACCAUUUAUCAAUACCAGCACAAAGGGAGAUAGCAAACCAUUUACCAAUACCAACACAAUGGGAGAUAGGAAACCAUUUACCAAUACCAGCACAAAGGCAGAUAGCAAACCAUUUACCAAUAACAACACAACUGGAGAUAGCAAAUCAUCCACAACUACCAGCACAAUGGGAGAUAGCAAACUAUUUACCAAUACCAACACAAUGGGAGAUAACAAACCAUUUACCAAUACCAACAAAAUGGGAGAUAGCAAACCAUUUACCAAUACCAACACAAUGGAAGUUAACAAACCAUUUACUAAUACCAACACAAUGGGAAAUAGCAAACCAUUUACCAGUACCAAAACAAUGGGAGACAGCAAACCAUUUAACAAAACCAACACACUGGGAGAUAGCAAAUCAUCCAAAACUACCAACACAAUGGGAGAUACCAAAUAA